AUGAGUGACGUAGAGAAAUUGAAGAAACUGAAUAUAAGAAGAGGUCAGAUAAAGGCCUUAUGCACAAGAGCACAUAACACUCUCCACUCGGACGCUGUCCGCGACAUGACGGUAGCGCAAUUAGUAAAACGCAAGUCAAAGAUUGAAGCGACAUGGGUGCAGUUCGACGAAGUACAAAACGAAAUCGAGAUGCUUCAGGAUUCAGCAGGGAUGGCUGAAGCGCAUUCAUUUGAUCGCGCGGAAUAUGAGGAGACAUAUUAUGCUAUUGUUACCAAAUUUCAAGAAUUGAUCAUCUCACGUAGUGCAACUGAUCUUCCAGUGAUAGAGGCACAUCCUGCAGCUAAUCGUGCACAAGCUUCAGCAAAUAGUUUAAAACUUCCCAAAAUCGAUUUACCGUCGUUCUCAGGAAAUUAUGAGGAAUGGUAUCCCUUUCACGACACUUUUCAGUCGCUUAUACAUCGUGACACUUCAAUUACGUCAAUUCAGAAAUUUCACUACUUGAAAUCUUCGCUCAAGGGGCAGGCUGCAGACAUCAUUCAAUCACUCGAGGUCUCGGCGGAAAAUUAUAAGGAGGCAUGGCAGAUGUUAAAAAAACGUUAUGACAAGAAACGUAUAAUUAUACAAAAGCAUAUUAGAGCGCUAUUCGAGCUGCAAACAGUAUCCAAGGAAAACUUCACGAGCCUUCGGUAUUUAGUGGAUGGAGUGUUAAAACAUCUAAGAGCGCUAAAGACUAUUGGACGCCCCACUGAUUCAUGGGAUGAUGUCAUCAUCCAUUUGAUAACCAGCAAAUUGGAUCAUAUCACAAAUAAAGAAUGGGAAAACAGCAUUCCAGACGAGGAUAUUCCUACGAUACGACAUUUAACUGAUUUUCUAGAGCAUAGCAAGGCCAAUCAGGUAAAGGUUUCAUCUCUCGCAUCCUCUGAUGUAGCCUCGUGUCAAAAUUGCCGAGGAGAUCAUCAGAUUUAUUCCUGUGAACGAUUCUUGAAGCUUUCUCCGGAGGAUCGUCUCAAGGUUGUCAAGGAAAACAAGCUAUGCUGGAAUUGCAUAAAGGUUUCGUCUCACACAGCAAAAACGUGCAAGUCAGGCUCAUGUAGAACAUGUGGCAAGAGACAUAACACACUUCUACAUGUUUCUAAAGACGAGGAGGUUUCAAAGGUUGUCACAUCACCACAAUCAACGGAAGCAACACCAAGUUCUCCAACGGUGAGUGUCGCGCAUGCGUUAAGAUCAGAGAUUGCAUCCCGGGUCCUGUUAUCAACAGCGAUAAUAAACGCAAAGGAUUGCCAAGGGAAACAGCAAACAUGUCGUGCUCUUCUGGAUUCAGGAUCACAAUCCAAUUUUGUGACGGAGGAGCUGGUACUACGUCUAGGUCUUCAAACAAGGUCGAUCGAUAUUUCGAUCGUCGGAGUCAACAACUCUUGUAGCAAGAUUAAAAAAAUAACUCAGGUGCAAUUGAGUUCAAGGUAUUACGCAUUCAAAAUCACAAUAGAGUGUUUAGUCCUCAAUCGGAUAACUGAGAGUUUGCCCAGCUUCACAAUUGAUAAAGAUGCAUUUAAGAUUCCGCAGAACUUGCCUCUGGCAGACCCGGAGUUUCAUCGAUCCACUUACAUAGACAUAUUGUUGGGCGCUGAAGUAUUUUGGAAUACUCUAUGCGUUGGGCAGAUAAAGGAAUCAUCGGAUCAUCCGCUUCUGCAAAAAACAUUAUUCGGAUGGGUGAUUGGCGGCGAAUAUCCUAGUAGAGCCGUGCAGCAAAGGGUCAUCCAAUGCAACGUGGCCGUCGAUAAACCUGAAUUAGAGCAACUUGUUGAAAGAUUUUGGCAAAUCGAGCAAAUAUCCGGCAAGACAAUGCUAACUGAAGAAGAGAGAGAAUGUGAAGAACAUUUUAAGAAAACUUAUCGUCGAACUUCUCAGGGGAGAUUUGUGGUGCAGCUGCCAAUUAAAACGGACAAGCUACAAGCUUUAGGAUCAUCUUAUGACGCGGCCUUGAAACGGUUUAAAUCAUUGGAGCUUAAGUUGGAUCGUUGUCCAGAAAUGAAGAGGGAAUAUACUAAAUUCAUACAAGAAUAUUCGGAACUGAAGCAUAUGCAUCCAGUGCUCACUGAAGACUCAGGAGACACUCCAGUUUAUUACAUGCCACAUCAUGCCGUGUACAAGGACUCAAGUUCCACUACUAGACUUCGAGUUGUAUUCGACGCUUUGUCUAGAACGAAUACCGGUGUAUCGCUUAAUGACAUCUUGAUGGUGGGCCCGAAUCUACAAGGAGAUCUGACUUCUAUAUUGAUUAAAUUCCGCUUAUGGCAAUACGUUCUUACAGCCGAUGUGGAGAAGAUGUACAGGCAAGUUCAGAUUGAGGAUAGUCAACGAGGACUUCAGAGGAUUCUUUGGCGGAACAAUAGCUAUGAGGAAGUGCAAGCGUUCGAGUUGGCCACAGUCACAUACGGCACGGCCUCAGCUUCAUUCUUGGCGGUGCGAGUGUUACAAGAAAUAGCCAGAUUGGAGCAACACGAAAUGCCAACAGGAUCAGCUAGAAUACUGUCCGAUUUCUAUGUGGACGACCUGCUGACAGGUGCAAACACUGUUCCAGAUCUCAUCACCAUUUGUGAUGAAGUAAGAGCCAUAUUAAGCAAGGCGGAUUUGCAUUUGCGUAAGUGGGCUUCCAAUGAAGAAAUCGUGUUAGAAGGCAUACCUAAUUCAGCUUCAGAGCUAGAUUCUAAACGUCCAAGAAAACACGACCUUAUCUACGCUCGGAUUGCAAUGGAACGCGAAGACUGA